GUGCUAUUGGAAACCUUCCUUGUUUGUUUGUGCCACUCUCUCUCUCUCUAUUUUCUCUCGUUUGAUGCAAACAGGCUUGCCAGCCAUCGUCUUCACGGAUUCUGAAGUUCAAAUUGCAAGAUCCCAUCAUUAUCAGUUUUGAUCUCUUAGAAAUCAUUACUUUAUUUUUUAAACCGUCUUUUUCCCAAAUUAUUAAGGUUGAGAUUUUUUUUUUUCCUGAUGCUGUUCUGAGCCUGGAUAUUUCAUGCUUGAGAGUAGCAUCUCCUCAUUUCAGUUCAAAUAUCUGCAUUUUUGGGUUGUCAACCUCGAUAACGUUGAAGGAGUGAAGUUGUGGAGGUGUGCUUCUGGAGUUUUUGGAUUUUCUUAACAGUUUUUUCUUAAAAAAAUUUCUGGCUAUAAUAAUAUUCUGAAUAUUUAGCAAAAAUUUAAAAAAUAUUUAGGAGGAUUGAGGUAUUAUGCAGAUGAUAGUAGAGAUAUGAGGGUAGUUCAAAUUUUGCGGUUGCCAUGUUCAUGGUUAUCAUUUCAGAAGAAAGAAAUGUCACCAGCACCUCCUCUUAACCUCAUUCACUCUCUCUUGCUUCUUUUAUUCUUCUUCUCAUUUUCAUUAUUAGCCACUUCCCACACCUCCUCCUCCUCCUCCUCUCCUUCACUCCACUCGACCUCCCUCUCUGAUUGGCAACCUGCACAUGCCACAUACUAUGCUGCUUCUGACCCCCGUGACACUGUUGGUGGAGCCUGUGGUUAUGGAGAUUUAGGGAAAGCAGGGUAUGGCAAGGCCACGGUGGGGCUUAGUGAGGCUUUGUUUGAGCGGGGCCAGAUCUGUGGUGCAUGCUUUGAGUUGCGAUGUGUGGAGGACUUGCGGUGGUGCAUCCCUGGCACUUCUGUCAUUGUGACGGUUACUAAUUUCUGUGCUCCCAAUUAUGGAUUCACUUCUGAUGGUGGAGGCCACUGUAACCCGCCAAACAAACAUUUUGUGCUUCCCAUUGAGUCCUAUGAGAAGAUUGCCAUAUGGAAGGCUGGUAACAUGCCUAUACAGUACCGGAGAAUCAAAUGCAGAAAGGAUGGAGGAAUUCGCUUUACUAUCUCGGGAUCCAGCAUCUUCAUUUCGGUGAUGAUCAGCAAUGUUGCAGGUGCAGGUGAUAUAACCGCAAUGAAGAUUAAAGGUUCAAGAACAGGUUGGCUUCAAAUGGGUAGAAACUGGGGACAGAACUGGCAUAUAAAUGCUGAUUUAAAGAAUCAACCUCUUUCAUUUGAGGUGACUAAUAGUGAUGGAAUCACAAUUACCUCUUACAAUGUGGCUCCCAAGGGUUGGAGCUUUGGGCAGAGUUUUGAAGGCAAGCAAUUUGAGACUUAGUGUUAGCACCAUCAACCCAAAUCAUAUAUAUAGAUGAAGCCAUUCUUUUCUUUUUUCUGUCAUCUUUUUGAAAGCACUGUGAUUGUUGUAAUGUAAAACUAAACUUGAGCUACAUGAUUUUGAUAACAUCUGCUGCUCUUUUUGAGGUUGAAUUUCA